UCUAAAAAAUACAAAACAAAAAAACAUUUGCGUACAUAAAAAAUAAAACAUUUUCCUCAAAAUGGUGAAAAUCUGCAUAAAUAAAACCAAAAAUAUAGAAAUUGAUAUUGAAAAUGUUGAAGAGAUUUAUAAACACGUUGCAGAAACAACAAAUUUGUCCACUAAGAAUUUCUACCUGGAACAAAAUGGAAAACGUUUGAAUGAUGUAUUCGAUCAGGAACUUCCCGUUUAUGUACGUCUAUGUGUUUUGGGAGGUAAGGGAGGUUUUGGUUCCAUGCUAAGGGCUAUAGGAGCACAAAUAGAGAAAACCACUAAUCGAGAGGCCUGCAGAGAUCUUAGCGGACGUCGCUUAAGAGAUAUUAAUGAAGAAAAACGCUUGAAAGCCUGGUUGGAAAAACAAGGAGAACGUGAACGCGAAGCUGAGGAAAGGAAGAAGCGCAAAAUUGAAAAAUUGUUAGCUGUACCCAAACAUGAAUUCAAGGACGAGCAAUAUGAACAAGCCAGAUCAAAACUUACGGAAAAAGUGUGUGAUGCUGUGGAAGAAGGUUUCAAAAAGGCCAGUACAAGUGGAACAGAGUUGAAACGUAAAAAUGAGGCAUCAACGUCACAAAAAGCUGUUCCAAUAAAAAAGAAGAAACCUGCCAUGUGGUUAGAUGAUGAUAUUUCUUCAGGUGAUGAUACCGACUCAAGUGAAGAUGACUCUGAUAUUUCAAAAAGCUCAACAAAUAAAAAUGAAAAAAACCCUUCUGCAGAUAAAGAUUGCGAAGACUCAAAUUCAAAUCAAGCUAAAUUACUGGAUAGUGACAAAGAUUCCAAUUUAGAUUCUGGUUGCGACUCUGUUUCUAGUAAACAACUCGUAAAACACCCAGAUAAUUGAAAAUUUAAAUGUAUGUAUAUUUACUAAGUUUAAAAUUAACAAAUAAAAUAAACAAAUUUUACGCUCUAAAAAUA